AGACUUCUGUCUUUGUCUUUUUCAGAUCUGUUUUUGGACCACAUGAUCAGCCAGAAACUACUUCAAGUGGAACUGAAAGAUUCUGUCAGGGCUGCCAUUGUAGCACAGCACUGCUUCCAGCACCAGAAGUCACGCAUGAAAAUGUCCAAUCAGGAUGCAGAAGCAGGAGGAAAGGUCAUGUUUAGAUCUCUGUCAAUGAAGAGGACUUUGUCAGAAAUUGGGCGGACAUUUUCUAUGAAGUCAAAAGGAGACAUGCAAGGCUCUGCAGGGAAGAUAAAAGAGAAUCCAAGCAGUCAACUCAACUUGGAUGUCAUGAAUGGUGAUCUACAUGAGUCCCCAUCUGUGGCAAGGUUAAAUGAGCAGUUUAUGAGAAAGAUCCCUCCAGGAGCAGAGGCAGCAAACAUCCUUGUUGGAGAAAUGGAAUGUUUGAACUAUCAGAUAGUUGGUCUGAUUCGUCUGGUUGAAGGAAGGAACAUCGGGGACAUCACAGAAGUCCCAAUCCCAACCAGGUUUCUCUUCAUCUUGCUGGGGCCUCUGGGAAGCCAACAGAAAAAUGUGGAAAUAGGCAGAUCAAUGUCAACUCUGAUGGUGGAUGAGGUAUUUAGAGAAGUUGCUUACAAAGCUCGCAACAGACAAGACAUUCUUGCUGGUGUUGAUGAGUUUUUGGACCAGGUAACAGCAUUACCUCCUGGCGAAUGGGAUCCUAAGAUUCGAAUUGAGCCACCACAGAGUGUGCCUUCACAGGCUCCCAGGAGGCAGGCCAAACCAUCAGCAGGAAAGUUGAAGUGGGAAGAUGAGGAUGAUGAAGAAGAAUCUCACUGUGACCCAACACUUCAAAGAACUGGCAGAUUAUUUGGUGGUCUAGUAGCAGAUAUCAAGAGAAAAUUGCCAUGGUAUCUAAGUGACUUCAAGGAUGCAUUACACAUCCAGUGUGUGGCUUCCAUCAUCUACUUGUACCUGGCCACAUUAACACCAAACGUCACAUUUGGAGGUCUUCUGGGACAGGCAACUGAUCAGUACAUGGGAACGAUGGAGUGCAUCCUCACGGCAGCUGUUGUUGGGGUGUUGUUUGCUCUUUUCGCUGGCCAGCCUUUGAACAUUCUGGGCAGCACGGGUCCCAUGUUGGUGCUGGAGAUGAUUUUGUAUAACUUCUGCAAGGAUAAUGAACUGGAUUUUCUGCCAUUUAGAGCCUGGAUUGGACUGUGGACAGCUCUGCUGUUAAUUGUCAUAGUGGCCUUUGACCUCUCAGCUUUGGUCAGGUACAUCACUAGGUUCACAGAGGAAAGCUUUGCCAGUCUUAUUGCUGUCAUAUUUAUUGUGGAGGCUUUCAAGAAACUCGUUGAUAUACUGGAUGUGGCACCGAUAAACACACACAGGGAUGCUGUUCUCAACUACACGUGCGAUUGUUUCCCUCCCAACACCACAGCUGUCAACUUGAACGUUAGUGACAAUGCCACUGUCAGUGCUGUCAUGUCCAGUCUCCUUGAAUCUCAAAACCAGACCAUUGAUUUCUUCAACCUGUCAUCCAUGUGUGUUAACUGGACAGCCAUUCCCGUGAAUGUCUGUGAAUCAGCUGGUGGGUUCCCAGUUACAGUCGGCUGCAACACAAAACGCUACAUACCAGAUGCCUUCUUCCUCUCUGUUUUGCUGUUCAUUGGAACAUACAUGAUUGCCACAUUCUUGACAGAUGCAAAGAGCAGCUCAUUCUUUCCCACUUUUAUUCGACAGACUCUGAGUGAUUUCUCAGUAUUGAUUGCCAUCAUUGCCAUGGUUUUGACUGACUAUUUGAUCAGCAUUCCAACACCCAAACUUGAGGUUCCCACAAAGUUCAAGCCUACAAGAGAUGAUCGUGGCUGGUUUGUCAAUCCCAUCAGUGACAAGAAUCCAGUAUGGCUGAUCUUUGCUGCGGUCCUGCCUGCGAUGCUGGCUGUCAUUCUGAUAUUUAUGGAUCAACAGAUAACAGCGGUUAUUGUCAACAGAAAGGAGAAUAAACUUGUGAAAGGAAGUGGCUACCACUUGGACAUGUUUGUUGUCGCCAUCUGUAUUGCAAUCUGCUCUGUCAUGGGUCUGCCAUGGUAUGUUGCUGCUACAGUUUCAGCCAUUGCCCACAUCAUGAGUUUGAGGAAGGAGUCAGACUGCACAGCGCCAGGAGAAAGACCUACUUUUCUUGGAGUCAGAGAACAACGAGUAACUGCACUGAUGGUUGGCAUUCUGAGUGGUGCUUCCGUUUUGUUUACCACUGUACUUCAGUUUAUCCCACUGGCAGUCUUGUACGGUGUGUUUUUGUAUAUGGGUGUGGCAGCUCUGAAAGGCAUGCAGUUUAUUGACAGACUUUUGCUAAUGUUCAAGCCAGCCAAGUAUCAACCAGAUUAUACUUAUCUGCGACAUGUGCCUAUUAAGAGAGUGCAUCUUUUCACUGUUAUUCAAAGUUAUCUGCCUUGUUGGUCUUUGGGUUAUCAAAUCCAUCAAAGCUUUGUCUAUUGUGUUUCCAAUUAUGGUGCUGUUAACAUGUUUCGUUCGAAAAGCCUUAGACUACAUCUUUACCCAGAGGGAGCUGAAGUGGCUGGAUGA